AUUAGUACGACAAAUAGCAAUUUCCAAAAUAAAUCGUGUAUUCUUCUCGAACUAAAUUUUGUUAUCAUAAGAUACAAGCAAAAAAAAAAUACCCCAAAUAAUUAUUGGCGUGAAAAUUUCCAUAUUCUCCGCAUUCUCUCACAAUUUCCCUUCUACGAACAAACUGUCACCAUUUUCAUUCCUUGAAUAAUUAUUGCCAUUUUCUCUACUCUCAUUGUUUCAUGUCCUGUAUUCUUAUGAUCAUCCAUACUCAGUUUAAUUUUUUUCUCUUAAUUAUAUCUCUUGGGUUUGAUAAAACAACAAUUUCAUCUUCCCUAUCAUCUUACUCUGGUAAUUAUUUAAUCAUUAAUCCUCCUUUUAUAUAUAUAGGACAAAAUGUACAUUAUGUGCCUCUAGAACAAAUCAUUGCUCUUACUUCCUAAAUAAUCAUCAUUUUUAAUCUGGGUCUUGGUAAUUAUGAUCGCUAAUCGUCAUGAUACUUGAAGACAUAAACCAUUUCCCCCCUUUCCUUUGGUUGCCUUUCCUCUUUUGAUCAUUGGUAGUUGAUUAGCUGAAAUGAAUAGGAAUAUAUAUGAAGCGUGUUGUUGCUUUGACAACUUGCUGAUUGAUUAUGAACAAACAUCUUAAUUUCCUUGGUUGGUUUUAGGUAAAACUGGGGGAAUUGAUAAUCUUGAGCACGCAUGCAGUAUGAGCUUGAGUAGUAGUUGUGAUUCCGAUAACCCGAUGUUGGUACCAUCAAGGUUUGAAGGGUCCUUGUCCUUUAAAACCCCAACGGGAGAGAUGGAAAAUGAGGCUUUUAGUGCCGAAUCCCUAAUUAGCUCCAAUAAUAAUAUUCCGUCACCAUUAAUACCACCUGAUCAUCAUCAUCAUCAUCACCACGCCGCAGCAGUGAGGUUGCAGAAGGUGUACAAGAGCUUCAGGACCAGGAGGCAGCUGGCGGAUUGUGCUGUUCUUGCUGAGCAAAGAUGGUGGAAAGUAUUGGAUUUCGCGGAGCUAAAGAGGAGCUCUAUAUCUUUCUUUGAUGUUCAACAGCCAGAGACUGCUGUUUCGAGAUGGUCCAGAGCUAGAACCAAAGCUGCCAAGGUCGGGAAAGGCUUGUUUAAGGCCGAAAGGGCUCGGAAGCUUGCUUUGCAACAUUGGCUCGAGGCAAUUGAUCCCCGACAUCGCUACGGGCAUAACCUUCAAUUCUAUUACGUUAAAUGGCUUCAUUGUGACAGCACACAACCUUUCUUUUACUGGCUUGAUAUAGGAGAAGGAAAAGAAGUUAGCCUUGAAAGAUGCCCUAGAUCAAAACUUCAUCAACAAUGUAUCAAGUACCUUGGCCCUGCUGAAAGGUUGGGUUAUGAAGUGGUAAUUAGGGAGUGUAAGUUGGUCCAUAAGGAAACUGGUCAACUCCUCGACACCACCCGAGGCCCAAAAGACGCCAAGUGGAUUUUCGUCCUCAGCACGUCCAAGACCUUGUAUGUCGCCCAGAAGAACAAAGGCACAUUUCAGCACUCGAGUUUCCUAGCCGGUGGGGCCACGCUCUCUGCUGGAAGAUUGGUCGUCGAACAAGGCGUGCUCAAGGCUGUUUGGCCUCACAGUGGACAUUACCUUCCCACCGAAGAAAAUUUUCAGGAGUUCCUAUCCUUCCUUGAGGACCACGGUGUCGAUCUAAUUGACGUUGAAAGAAGCCCGUCGGAGGAGGAAGAAGAGACGAUCACCAGCAAAGAUGACGACGACACGAAAGACGAGGAAGACAAAGUCAACCCAAAGCUAGCCCGCAACAGCCGCUGGAAGAUGAGCAAGCUGGCAAUACCAAAUCGGCCAAACCUGUAUGACGUCAUCAACCACAACGCAGAUAAUUCCCAAGUAGAAGUAGAAGUAGAAGAAGAAGGUUACGAGACGGCAGAGGAUUCGUUGCUGAGGGAGGAAGAUUUCAUAUUCCCGAAAAUAACCUCGCUGGACGAAGAGGAGGCGGCGGAGCAAUUGGAGGCCGUCCCGAAAGAGAAGAUCAUGGUGAGGAUAAAUUCGCACAAGGGGCUGGCGUCCUACCAAUUGGCGAACCAGCUGUCGUGUAAAUGGACCACCGGCGUGGGCCCAAGAAUCGGGUGCAUGAGAGAUUACCCGCCGCAGAUCCAGUUUAGGGUUUUGGAGCACAUGGCUUCCCUGUCGCCCACCACGGGGAGAAGGAGGAGGACGAGAGGAGGUGGCUACCCGCUCAGGCCGCUGUCGCGGCCUGGAGUGCAAACGCCAACGCCAGCGUCGUCGUCGUCAUCGCACGUGCCGACGCUGCAUCGGAGGGCAGAGACGUCGGUGUUGGAAACUUCGACGGGAGCAAUGGAAGAUGCAUUGCCGGCGGUACCAUCUUCUGAAUCAAGAGAAAGAGGCCAAGGAGAAACUGCCCAAGUAGAUGACGAUAGUCGAUAGGGAUUGAUUGUUUCUGUUUUCUUUUUUCCAGAAGAAUUGAGGGACAAGUGAUGAUUUUGCAGUUUGUGUGUUAAGGUAAUUGUAUAGGGUAGAACAGUAAUGGAGCUAGCUACGCUCAUUUUGGUGUGCAACUACGAGAUGACUGAAAUUUGAAGAAAAAAUAUUAAUCCUC